AUGUCCGAAACUGAGUCUAUUUCUGAGUUCUAUGAGAGAGUUGAGAUGAUCACAAAUGAAGCCAUGAGUCUAGGUCAACCCAUUGAAGAGCUUCUUGUUGUUCAGAAAAUUCUUCGUGUUCUACCAUCUAGGUUUAGAGCAAAGAAAACCGCAAUCAUGGAGGUCCAAAAUUUAAAUGAAAUUAAGCUUGGCAAGCUUGUAGGAAAAUUGAAAACCUAUGAGAUGGAAUUGAAUAUGGAAGAAAAUGACUCCAAAAAAUCAAAAAAUGUUGCACUUCAAGGAGUGCAUGUUUCCUCUCUGAAAGGUGGUGAAAAUCCUCAGGAUAAGGGAAAGUUUGCUAGAGAGGGCAGCUCUGGUAGUGAGAAACAGUUUAGACCAUCAACUGAUCGGUUUAAUGAGAGGAAUAAGGAUGUCAAACCUUUCACGAAAGAUUUUAGAAAAUCUGUCAAGUGCUUCACAUGUGGAGGCAUUGGACACUAUGCUGCUGACUGUGCAAACAAUCAGAAAAAAUACUCCAAAGGAAAGGACAAGGCCAUGAAAGUGAGCUGGAGUGAGAGUGAAAGUGAAGGGUCUCAAGAGGAUUCAUCUUCCUCUGAUGAUGAUGACCAACAUGUUGCCUUUGUUGCCUCUGUGCAGCCCAUGUCUGAUGAAUCUGAUUCUGAGUCAGAUGACCUGUCAUACGAGUCAUUAGGAAGAAAAUAUGAUUGUUUGUUUAAAGAGACCUUGUCCUUGAAAGAAGAGAGCCUCAAACUUGAGGCAAAUAAACCAAGAUCUUCAACAUGA